AUGGUAAAUAGAAUAUUAAAUUCUAACAGAAUCGAAGUAAUUCAAGUUUCGGCUAUUCGAAAACAUUACAAAAGUUUUGAAGAGGCCUUUGAAGCAACAAAUAAUUCUAUGACGGAAAUGCAAUUAAAGAAUGUUCAUUAUACUGGUGAAUGUUCCAACUCACACCAUAGAAAUAAUGGUAGCGAAGAAAAUAGUGACAAUGAAGCUGAUGAUGGCAAAGAAAAUUGUGACAACAAAGUCAAUGAGGGCUUAGAAGAAAGUGAUGAUAUGGACAUUUCAUA